AUGCAAAUUGAUAUAAGAAAAGCACAAAAGAAGUCCAUGUUUAUCGACGACAAUAUAGACAAUUAUUUUGGUUACCUGGGCAGAUCGGUGUUAGUAAACCACAGUCUUCUAUCAGCGAACGAGAAAUUAAAGUUCCAAGAAGGGUGGACCAAACAUGGCUUCAACCAAUACGUGUCGGAUCUGAUUCCUGUACAAAGACGUCUCCCAGACUUUCGACUACCAGCGUGUGUGGAACAGAUCUAUCCGAACAAUCUACCGACUGCCAGCGUAGUGAUUCCAUUUCACAACGAGGCUCUAUCAACGUUACUCCGGACUGUGCACAGCAUUCUCGAUAACUCUCCACCACACUUAUUACGAGAAAUAGUCCUUGUCGACGACUGUUCAGAGUUAGAAAUAAAUUUUGACUUGGAGUCUAUCCUGUCUAAGAUGCCACUAGUAAAGCUGAUAAAGACAUCCACGUGGACAGGUCUGGUGGGCGCCAGAUUAACCGGAUAUGACGUUACAUCAAGCGAUGUGACAGUAUUCCUCGAUUCCCAUUGUGAAGUUACAACAGGAUGGUUGGAACCUAUUUUGGCGCGAUUAAAGGAAAACGAGAAAGCCGUUGUAACUUCCGCUGUCGACGUCAUUUCCGGUGACACCUUUGAGUAUCAACCUGAACCAUUAGACGGAUUUAUUCCUGUAGGAAGCUUUGACUGGAAUUUAAACUAUGUGUGGAACCGAAAUUAUCUAUCCAGAAAUUCCACACAACCGGUAAGGACUGCCACACUUCUUGGGUGUAUCAUUGCAGUCAGCAAUCACUUCUUUGACACAAUCGGUCGAUUUGACGCUGGUCUGUCAGUUUGGGGAGGAGAAAAUCUCGAACUGUCAUUCAAGACCUGGAUGUGCGGUGGCAGUGUGGAAAUAAUUCCAUGUUCUAGAAUAGGACACGUCUUCAGAAAAUAUUUACCGUAUAUUUCCGGGCAGAAGGCACGUGACAUGGUCAAGAAGAACCUUCUCAGAGUUGCUGAUGUCUGGAUGGACGAUUACAAGUUUUAUUACCACCACUCUAUCAACCACCAUUUGACAGAUAUCGGCGACACAUCCUCGAUGAAAAGUCUGCGACAAGCAUUAAAGUGUUCCAGUUUUCAAGACUAUUUACAAAGAUUACAGCCGCUCAUUUUCAUUCCUGCGUUUUGUAUUUGGUCGGGACAGAUCGAGAACCAUCAAGUGCGCUUAUGUAUCGACACGGACUCUAAUAACCUGCAAAUAGACCAAGUAAACAUCAAUGUAAGAGGAUGUGCAGACGAAGACCCAAGCCAGCUGUGGUUCAUGUGUGAGCGCGGGGAGAUUCGGAAUCACCGCGGUUGCUGGGCGAACUACAGAAGAAGUGACGUCAUAUUAAAGCCGUGUUCCAUCAGAGGAAGCGCAUCCCAAAUAUGGCAGUACAGAGAGGAUAAGUCGCUAUUCCAUUCACGUACAAGAAAGUGUCUCGAGCUGACUGACAGGAAUCGUGUGGUGCUGUCUACCUGCCAGCUUGGUGCUCGUCAGGUGUGGACGUGGAGCAGACGGCCGGCAUUUGGACCUAUUCCUCCAUGGAGGUCACACAGCUACGGCUGAACAAGCACCAACCAGAGCCGUGACACUGUCUCUAGCUGGUUGUACUAAAUAAAAUCCCAUAGGCGACCAUGUCAUGUUAACGAUAGUGCUUAAAAAGACUACAUGCAAUAUAUCAACCAAACUAUGACCCAUACAUAUCAGUACUACAACCCCUACCUCAAAGUAUUAACUGAAGAAAAUGGUAUCUUUCAUGGCUCAUCUUUGGUAUAAACAGAUGUUUUUACAACACUUUGUUUCGCACAAAA